UCUAGGGAUAUAAAAGGGGUUUUCAAAGUUCUUUUUCCUCAUCAUGCUGCUAAACCGAAAACCCCCAAAACCAAAAGCAAACCCAGAGAGAGAGAGAGAGAGAGAGAUGCUGAGAGAGUAAACCAGUGAGCUCGUCUCUCAACCUUGCGGAGAGCCCCAUUGGAUAACGAAAGGUGUUGAGUUCGUGCACAUAGCACUCUUCAUAGUUGAUCAGAAAUGGCGAAUUUAGCUAUGACCGGAAUACUGGAAAAGAUGACGGGCAAGGAUAAAGAUUACAGAUAUAUGGCGACCUCUGAUCUUUUAAAUGAGUUAAACAAAGAUAGUUUUAAAGCUGAUGCUGAUCUAGAGAUAAAAUUGUCAAAUAUCAUCAUACAACAGCUUGAUGAUGUUGCUGGAGAUGUCUCUGGAUUAGCUGUGAAAUGUCUUGCUCCAUUAGUGAAGAAGGUCAGCGAGGCAAGAGUUGUGGAGAUGACUAAUAAACUCUGUGAUAAAUUGCUGAAUGGGAAGGAUCAGCAUCGUGACAUUGCAAGCAUAGCCUUGAAGACUAUUGUUGCUGAAAUUGUCACUCAAUCUCUUGCACAGUCAAUACUACAUUCUAUUUUGCCACAGUUGAUUAAAGGGAUUACUGGGCCUGGAACAAGCACGGAGAUAAAAUGUGAAUGUCUUGAUAUCUUAUGUGAUGUCCUUCACAAAUUUGGCAAUCUAAUGGCAACUGAUCAUGAGCAACUAUUAGGUGCACUCUUGUCCCAGUUGAGUUCCAAUCAAGCAAGUGUCAGAAAGAAAACUGUUUCAUGUAUUGCAUCUCUUGCUUCAAGCUUAUCAGAUGAUUUGUUAGCAAAAGCAACAGUUGAAGUUGUACAUAAUUUGAGAAAUAAAGGUGCAAAAUCUGAAAUGACCCGUACAAAUAUUCAGAUGAUUGGUGCUUUAAGUCGAGCUGUUGGAUAUCGGUUUGGGCCCCAUCUUACGGACACUGUUCCUGUUCUAAUAAAUUACUGCACAAGUGCAUCAGAGAAUGAUGAGGAGCUUCGUGAGUACAGCUUGCAGGCACUAGAAAGCUUUCUCCUUAGAUGCCCCAGGGAUAUAUCUUCCUACUGUGAUGAAAUCCUUCAUCUUAACUUGGAAUAUUUAAGCUAUGACCCAAACUUCACUGAUAACAUGGAGGAGGAUACUGAUGAUGAGAGUCAUGAAGAGGAAGAAGAUGAUGAAAGUGCAAAUGAAUAUACGGAUGAUGAAGAUGUCAGCUGGAAAGUACGAAGGGCAGCAGCUAAAUGCUUAGCGGCAUUAAUUGUAUCUCGUCCUGAGAUGCUUGCAAAGUUGUAUGAAGAGGCCUGCCCAAAAUUGAUUGAUAGAUUUAAAGAGAGAGAAGAAAAUGUGAAGAUGGAUGUAUUCAAUACAUUCAUUGAACUGUUGCGUCAAACCGGGAAUGUUACGAAAGGACAAGCUGACAUUAAUGAGUUGAGUCCAAGGUGGUUACUGAAGCAAGAAGUGCCAAAGAUUGUUAAAUCUAUAAAUAGGCAGCUACGAGAGAAAUCUAUUAAGACAAAGGUUGGUGCAUUUUCUGUUUUGAAAGAACUUGUGGUUGUCUUGCCAGAUUGCCUGGCAGAUCAUAUUGGAUCCCUCAUUCCAGGAAUUGAAAAAGCAUUGAGUGACAAAUCCUCUACCUCAAAUUUGAAGAUUGAAGCUCUUAUCUUUACAAGAUUGGUCCUGGCUUCGCAUUCUCCAUCUGUUUUCCAUCCUUACAUCAAGGCUCUUUCUAGUCCUGUUUUAUCUGCUGUUGGUGAGCGCUAUUAUAAAGUUACAGCUGAGGCACUAAGAGUGUGUGGGGAGCUCGUGCGUGUUGUUCGUCCAAAUAUUGAGGGUGUGGGCUUUGACUUUAAGCCUUAUGUUCAUCCAAUAUAUAAUGCCAUAAUGUCACGCUUGACAAAUCAAGAUCAAGAUCAGGAGGUCAAGGAGUGUGCUAUCUCUUGCAUGGGCCUUGUUGUGUCAACAUUUGGAGAUAACCUCAAAGCAGAAUUACCGGCAUGUCUUCCUGUACUUGUUGAUCGGAUGGGGAAUGAGAUAACCCGUUUAACAGCUGUGAAGGCUUUUGCUGUCAUCGCUGCCUCUCGACUUCAAAUAGAUCUAUCUUGUGUUUUGGAGCAAGUAAUCACAGAGUUGACUGCAUUCUUAAGAAAGGCUAAUCGGGCUUUAAGGCAGGCUACUUUAGGGACCCUUAAUUCUCUAAUUGUAGCUUAUGGUGAUAAAAUCGAUUCUUCUGCUUAUGAAGUUAUCAUCGUUGAACUUUCGACUCUUAUAAGUGAUUCGGACUUGCACAUGACGGCACUUGCCUUGGAACUCUGCUGCACCCUAAUGGCUGAUAGGAGAUCAAGCCCCGUUGUUGGUUUGGCUGUUAGGAACAAAGUUCUUCCUCAAGCACUAGCAUUAAUCAAAAGCUCGUUGCUGCAAGGGCAAGCCCUUUCGGCCUUGCAAAAAUUUUUUGCCGCCUUGGUGUAUUCUGCAAACACAAGUUUUGAUGCCUUACUGGAUUCUCUUCUUUCAAGUGCCAAACCAUCUCCCCAGUCAGGUGGUGUUGCAAAACAAGCAUUGCAUUCAAUAGCACAAUGCGUGGCUGUUCUUUGCCUUGCUGCUGGUGAUCAGAAAUGUUCAUCAACAGUUAAAAUGCUUACUGAAAUCCUCAAAGCCGACACUGUUACAAAUUCAGCCAAACAGCACCUUUCUCUGCUAUGUCUGGGGGAAAUUGGGAGAAGGAAAGAUCUAAGUUCACAUACACAUAUAGAGAAUAUUGUUAUUGAAUCCUUUCAAUCUCCUUUCGAAGAGAUAAAGUCUGCAGCCUCCUAUGCUCUUGGCAAUAUUGCCGUUGGUAAUCUAUCCAAGUAUUUACCUUUCAUCUUGGACCAGAUUGACAAUCAGCAGAAGAAACAAUAUCUCUUGCUUCAUUCUUUGAAGGAGGUCAUAGUAAGGCAGUCUGUAGAUAAAGCAGAGUUCCAGGAUUCUAGUGUGGAGAAGAUACUUAAGUUACUAUUUAAUCACUGUGAAAGUGAGGAAGAGGGUGUCCGCAACGUUGUAGCCGAGUGUUUGGGCAAAGUUGCACUUAUUGAACCGGCAAAACUUGUUCCAGCACUUAAGGUAAGAACAACCAGCCCAGCUGCAUUCACAAGGGCUACAGUUGUAAUUGCAGUAAAGUACUCAGUAGUUGAGCGGCCAGAGAAAAUAGAUGAGAUUAUAUAUCCUGAAAUCUCGUCAUUCCUGAUGCUAAUAAAGGAUCAUGACCGGCAUGUAAGGCGUGCAGCUGUGUUGGCCUUAAGUACAUUUGCUCACAACAAGCCAAACCUCAUUAAGGCGCUUCUUCCAGAAUUGUUGCCGCUCCUUUAUGAUCAAACAAUGGUUAAGAAAGACUUGAUUAGGAUAGUUGACCUUGGUCCCUUUAAGCACACUGUGGAUGAUGGGCUUGAGUUAAGGAAGGCUGCUUUUGAAUGUGUGGACACAUUGCUAGACAGCUGUCUUGAUCAAGUGAACCCUUCGUCAUUUAUUGUUCCUUAUCUUCAAUCUGGUCUUGAUGAUCAUUAUGACGUAAAAAUGCCUUGCCAUCUUAUCCUCUCAAAACUUGCAGACAAAUGUCCUUCUGCUGUAUUAGCAGUGCUGGACUCAUUGGUGGAUCCUCUCCAAAAAACCAUUAAUUUUAAGCCAAAGCAAGAUGCUGUCAAGCAAGAAGUGGAUCGAAAUGAGGACAUGAUUCGCAGUGCGCUUAGAGCAAUUGCAUCUUUAAAUCGCAUUAGUGGUGGAGAUUGCAGCCACAAGUUCAAGAACCUUAUGAAUGAAAUAUCGAAAUCUCCAGCAUUGUGGGAAAAGUAUUAUUCCAUCCGAAAUGAGUGAUAAACUUUUUGAAUUCCACCUGUCUUAAUGGUUAUGUUGGAAAUUUUCCUGCAAAACAUGAGAGAGUUGAUCAUCAAUAUAUGAUGUUCACAAGACAAGCUUGGCCAGAAAGCAACAAAAGUGGAUGAUGCUGUAUCCAUUGAUUCAUGUGUGAAAGCAGGCUUGAAAAUGAAAAAAUUGAACCUCACGGCUGGCCUAACUUUAUUUGUGGCCUUGGGCGACAGAAAAAAAAAUGUGGCAAGUAUUUUUAUAUAAACAAUGUUAAUCAAUUUAUGUUUACAAUAUAUAAUAUUUAAAUUUAUUUUCUCGA